AUGGCAUCCCAAGCUGACCAGAGCCUAAGCGACGACGUGCUCUGGUAUACCGCCAAGCAUUUCCUCCGCAACCCUCUGGACGUCCUCAAUCUCACCAAGUCAUCCCGAAGCCUGUACGAGUACCUCAAGACCGAGAUCCUCAUUGCCGACAUCUACCACACGAAGUCAUGA